AUGAGAGGCUGGAGAUGGAUUCCCUGCUGGGCUGUUCCUAUCGUGUUUCCAGGGCUUGGCUCUCGGGAGAAGGGCUCACCCUUCCUCUGCUGCUGCUUCCAGACGUGUCCAGCUGGGACAAUGUGGCUGUGCCCGUUUCCUGGUGUUCUUCAUUCCCGAAUGGAUUUGGGAGGUCAGAGCUGCCAGCGAGCCCUGACCGUGGCUGUGCCAGCAGGAACAGCCACUGCAGCCUCCGUGUCCAGCCUCAAAGGGUUGGUGAGCUGUGUCCAGACAUUCCACAAGGAAUUAAGCUUAUUUCAAGGACCUGGAGCCACAUGCUGGACUUGGACUUUGGUCUGCAGCAGCUUUUGGACAGUGGUCGUGCAUUUCUCAGCAGCUCCUCCACACUUGGCUGCCCUAAAUCAGGAAAAUGAGGAGGGCAGGACAUCCCAUUCCCAAGGGCUUGGAGACAGGACAAUGGGGAAUGGCCUGAAGCUGCCGAGGGCAGGGCUGGAUGGGAUCUUGGGAAUCAGGAAUUGUUCCCUGGGUGGGAGGGGAGGGGCUGGGCUGGAAUUCCCAGAGCAGCUGUGGCUGCCCCUGCAUCCCUGGCAGUGCCCAAGGCCAGGCUGGACACUGGGGCUGGAGCAGCCUGGGACAGUGGGAGGUGUCCCUGCCCAUGUUUUUUGUUGGAAUUGGAUGAUCUUUAAGGUUCCUCUCAAUCCAACCCAUUCCGUGCUCCUGAUGUCCCUCCCAGAGCCCCUCUGGGCAGCCUCAGGGGUGACAAUUCUCAGCUGGAGCCCUUGGGGACGUGACACCGCUGUGCCAACAACCCCAAACGAUUCCUCUGGGGUUCAGUGCCACCCUCUCCUCAUGGAACCCCACAGAGCUGCUGCUGCCUCCCCAGGGUGGGUACAGGGACCAGGGGGUGCUGCAGCUUUGGGGUGUCCUCUGCAGGUCCCCACGGGGCCCAGGAGUGCUCGGUCUGUGCCCUGCAGAGUCCUGGAACCCAGGAUGGGAGAUGUGGAGAGGCCAAUGCUGGCAGAGGGCUCCAGCUUGCUACACUUGGUCCAAGAAUUCAUUGGCAAAAGCUCUCGAGUCUGUAAAUCCAAAUGGUUGGAGACCAGUGGGGCAGAUACUGUGAGAACCUUUUGGUUAUAGGAGUAAAAAUGCUAUGAAAUCCUAUAGAAUUGUGAGUCUGGAUGUUGGAAGUUCCUCUCAGCCUCCUUUAUGUUCCUUUGAGUGUUUGCUCAUUGUUACUGACAGGAAAAGAGUUCCAACAAUUUUAUAGGAAGCAUUAUUUCCUAAUUCUCAUUCCACGGGUUUUUACUGUCUGGAACUUCACAUUUUGCUACUGUGAUGUUUUUCUCUCCCUGUUUUCCCUUUCCUGCAGUGAUAAAUUGCUGCUAUUAUGGGAUUUUGCCACUGUUUGGGCCAAUCCAGCUGCCUGGAAUUGAUUUAUUCCAUGUCAGCCACAUCCUUACAGGCAGUUUUCAGAACCUGAUCUCCUCAGAACUGUUCCAAGGCUGCUACUUCCAGCUGACAUCCAAGCUGAAAUCCAAACCACUCUCUUGGCUUUCCACACUUGUCCUUGGAAUUCCAGAGUCUCGGCUUUCCAGCAGAGACCUCUCCUUUUUUGGACAGGUGCACAUUCCCAGCCACUGGCUCCAGCAGAGGCCAGUUAGGGACUGGAGUUGGUUUUGGCUUUGGUUCCUUUGGCUUCCCUGUGCUGUUGGCUCUGUUGGAGCCACAGGAUCCACAAUUCCAGCUCCUGGCAGCCACGUUCCCAUUGCUGCUGCUCAGCUGGAAAAUGGGAGAUGUUUAUAGGUAGAAACAACAGCUGCAGCUCCCAGGUUUGUUCCUUCUCCCCAGUGGGGCUGAUUUCCAGAAGGGGACAGGUGGCACCACCCAAAGUUCGAUCCAGUAUCAGCCGUGCCAGCACCGAGAGGAGAUCCCAGCCUGACUCCCAGCAGCUCUGAGAAUUCCUGCUUUGCACACCCAGCUUCUCCAUUUUUCCAUGCAACAGCACUGGGAAACAGAGUUGGAGAUGCCUCAUUCCAGGGUGAGAUUCAGGUUUGGGAAUGCCUCAUUCCAUGGUGAGAUCCAGGUUUUGGGAAUGCCUCAUUCCAUGCUGAGAUCCAGGUUUUGGGAAUGCCUCAUUCCAUGCUGAGAUCCAGGUUUUUGGUGUGCCCUCAUUCCAUGGUGAGAUCCAGGAUUCAGAGGUUCCUCAUUCCAUGCUGAGAUCCAGGUUUCAGAGAUCCCUCAUUCCAUGCUGAAAUCCAGGUUCCAGCUUCCAUCACCCACUCCAGACUUUGGGCAGAGAUUUCUCCCCCUGCACCAGUGGCUGCUGCAAGGAACUGUGCAAUUCAUCUGGAAGUUGAAUUCCCCAGGGAAAGGCAAACUGAGCUUCCAAAACCAAAUUGGCCGCUGAGGGCUGACAGAACUCUGAUAUUCCCUUGGGAAUGAGCCCAUUCCUGCUCACACCUUCACCUGCUCCCUCUGCACCGGGGGCUCCACAUCCCAAAAAGAGAGGGGAAAAUCCAAUUCUGACACUCAGGAUCUGGUGGCUUUGUCCCCUUCCCUCUGUCCCAGCUCACCCAGGGACAUCCAUCUGUGCCUGCACUGUUUGAACCACCCCGAUAAAAGCUCCAACUCCUCAAGAAAUCCUGAUCCUACAGAGUCCAGGCAAGGAAUGCUCAGUGUUCCCACCUGGAAUGGGGCUGGGAUGAGGCAGAAGCCGUGAAGGGAGUGUGAUAAACUCAGCCUUGGCUGACAACUCCUAAUGCUGAUCCCCAAACUCCAUCAGUUUUCACAAAGUCUCUCCCUGGUUUAGCAGGAAACCACCAGCUCUUGUGCUGACUCUGUUCUGAGGAGCACAAGGCUCUUAAUUUAGUUAUUGUCUUAAUUUAUUUUCUAAAUUCCCCACCAUUUUCUGUUUCCAUGCUGAGGCUAUCUUGGAUUUGGGCAAGUUUUUCUCUCUUGGUUCCAGCAGUGCUAAAAUUACCCACUUUUGGAAAGGAUUUUUGACACCAUAAAUACAACUUUGGUGUGGGACUUCAGCUGAUGCUCGGGAAUUCAUCAGCCAGCAGGAGGGAAUAGAGAUUAUUUAAAUUGGGGAUGGUAUUGGUUAGAAAAAGAAUCCUCAUCUUUGUCACUUUGUGUAAGACUGGGAGAGAACCAAAUUCCCUGUGGAGAGCUGGUUUUGGAAAAGAAAAUUAAACCUACAAAACAUUUAAUUUCGAUAAAAAUAAAAUAUUAAAUUUCAAACUUAAUUUUAGCUGUAAUACAAUACAGCAGUAAAAAAUCCCGCUGUCACUGUGUAUUUCGUGAUGUUCUGUAUUUCAUGAUGUUUUUAGUUGGCAUUUUAAAAUAAAGGGUUUUGUGACGA